AUGUUGUGUGAAAUAAGUAUAUGGGGUAAUUUUAUAACAACAUGGAUGGCAUUAAGUUUAAUCGCAUUCGUUGUCCUACUCUUCUCUUCGGGUACGAUAUUUUAUCGUUACUACGUCAAUAUUACCUAUGAAAAAUGGUUAAAAAAAUCGAAUCCAAAAUAUCCAUCUCCCGAAAGUAUUCGUAUGGAAAUUAUUAUGAUGACAAAAGGAAUGUUAUCUGCCACUUUAUGUCCAUCAAUAGCUCUUCAUUUGAGUCAACAACGUAUGUCACAAGGUUAUUGUGGUGUCAAUGAAUAUGGAUGGAAAUAUUUAGUACUCAGUUUUUUUAUUAUCUGGAUAGGAACAGACUUUUUUGAAUUUUUCUAUCAUCGAAUUGGUCAUACAAUUGAUUAUUGUUGGAAUGUGCACAAGUCUCAUCAUCAAUUCUAUAAUCCUACACCAUUUGCUGUCAUUGCUGAUGAAUAUACUGAUCAAUUUGUACGAGCAUUACCAUUGGUGAUUCUUCCAAUAAUAAUGCCAAUUAAUAUGGAUUUACUUUUCUUUGAGUUUGCAAUAUUUUUUUAUGGUUAUGGUGUUUAUCUUCAUUGGGGACAUGAAUUAGAUUAUCCGGAUGCUCAUCAUCCUAUAAUAAAUACAUCAUUUCAACAUUAUUUACAUCAUGCUGUUUCAAUUAAAAAUAAACCGUAUCAUACGGGGUUCUUUUUUAAAUUAUGGGAUCAAUUAUUUGGAAGUAUUUACGAUCAAAAAUGUUUUUGUGUCAAAUGUGAAGUGAAAAAUGGAAAUCGAACACAUGAGCAAUAUUUGAAAGUGGACAAACCAGACUACUCAGUAUUAUUGAAUAUUAAUUUUUGGAAAAAAGCAAAAUUUUAA